CCCGGAUGGUGGAGUGGUGGAGCCGAAGCGGAGGACAAUGGCGGCGGUGUCCGGUGUGUCUGUGCCGAGCGGCAGCCCCGCCAGAGAACUGUCCACCUCGGCCCAGCAAGGAGGGAACCAGACGCACGGGGACCGGGCCAGAACCGAAGAAGUGACGGAAGUGGAGAAGCAGAGUCGCAUGGCCGCUGUGCUCGAGAGGCUUCAUGCCAAACACAACGCUUCUCGGCCAUGGCAGGAAACCUGCAAAGUUGUGAGGCAGGCCAUGGAGAAACGAGGUACAAUGAACGCCGCAGGUCACCAGCUCCUGCUCACCUGUCUUGAGACCCUGCAGAGAGCGUUGAAAGUCUCCUCUCUGCCUUCAAUGACGGAUCGACUAGAAUCCAUCGCCCGACAGAACAUGCUGGGCUCUCACCUCAGCCCAUCAGGAACAGAGUGCUACAUCACAUCGGACAUGUUCUAUGUGGAAGUGCAACUGGACACCAAUGGUCAGCUUGUGGAUGUCAAGGUGGCUCAUCAGGGAGAAAACCCCACGAGUUGUCCUGAGCUCAUUCGACAUUUAAGGGAGAAAAACUUUGAAGAGUUUUCCAAACAUCUGAAGGGGCUGGUCGACCUGUACAAGCUCCCCGGGGACAAUAAGUUGAAAACCAAGAUGUAUAUAGCACUGCAGUCUUUGGAGCUUGAUCUCACCAAGAUGAUGCACAUGUUUAGGUUAGCAACCAACGCCAAUACAGUGGAGACUAUUCUUCACGGCAGUGUGGGCUUGCUGACGGCCAGGAGUGGUGGCCAUCUUGUUACUCUUCAGUGUUACGUGUCCCCUUAUGACGUCUUUGAAGAGGGAAUAGGAACACAGCUCAACUUAACCGACAACAAUGCAGUUCCACGAUCUCUGGGUGUCGGUGUGUCUGUGACCAUCGAGGGAACCUCCGCCAUCUACAAGCUCCCUAUCGCUCCACUCAUCACUGGAUCCCACCCAGUAGACAACAAGGGGACACCUUCGUUUUCCACGGUGACAAACUCCAACUGCGUGGACCUGCCGGCCUGUUUCUUUCUUAAGAUGAACCGCCCCAUGCCUUUCUCACUCUCCUUUAUUCAGAGGAUGGGAAAUGCUACUUCAAUCCCAGUAUUUGAGACUUCUCCCAGCCUCUCACCUCUCUACCAGUUAGUUGUCCAGAGCCAGCUCCAGCUCCUGGAGGAGGGCAGCUCCACACCACCACCUUCCCACAACAUGCACUUCUAUUCUGUGUUGCCAGAUCAGCAGCACUGUUAUUUCCUGAAUGGUGAUGCCCCGGUGCAAGAUGGUCGUUCUCUCCAAGGAACGCUGGUGUCUAAGAUCCCCUUCCGCCACCCAGCGCAAGUGCCACUCCUGUUGGAUAUCAUCCGGCAUCAGGCAGCUUAUAACAACUUGAUUGGCAGCUGUGUGAAACGAACUUCAGUCAAAGAAGACAGUGCAGGCCUGCUGCAGUUUGAAGUAUGCCCUCUCACUGACUCGAGUUUCAGUGUCUCUUUCCAGCAUCCAGUCAAUGAAUCGUUAGUCUGUGUGGUGAUGGAGGUGAUUGACUCCAGGCAGGUAUCCUGCAAGCUGUAUAAAGGACUGUCAGAUGCCCUGAUCUGCACUGAUGAAUUCAUCACCAAAGUGGUCCAGAGGUGCAUGUCCAUCCCUGUAACAAUGCGGGCCAUUCGGAGGAAAGCAGAGACCAUCCAGGCAGACACUCCAGCCCUCUCACUAAUAGCACAAACCGUGGAGAUCAUGGUGAAGAAUAACCUGCCCCCCUCCAGUAGUCCAACUUACAACAUGGCAGCAGGUGAUGGAACUAAUCCAAUGGGACUGCCUGGGCCCACGGGGGGCAACACACCUACUGGAGGACCCCCAGGGGGACCCAAUUUUACAGGUCUGUUUGGUAUUUCCCGAACAGAGAGGCAAGCCCAAGCAGGAGAGUGCAUAAACCAAGCAGGAGUGGCUGGCCAGCAACAGUUGCAGCAACAACAUCAGCAACAACAACAACAACAGCAGCAAGGUCAGGGUCAUGCAGAUGACUACAGCAAAGUCACACAAAAUCCCAUACUGACAAGUCUAUUACAGAUAACCGGAAGUGUGGGUUCUAGUCCCAGCUCACAGAAUGCACCAGCACCCCACCAAACUCCACCGCCAACCUCCUCCCCUGCCAGCAACACUAAGAAUCAUCCGAUGUUGAUGAACUUGCUGAAAGACAACCCCACCCAAGAUUUUGCUACACUGUAUAGUUCUAGCCCAUUAGAGAGGCAGAACUCUUCAUCUGGCUCCCCGCGGACAGAGAGCAUGGGUGGAGCCUGCCCUGGAAGUGGCACAAAAGGUAAGAAAAAGCGCCCACGGACAGGAGAAAAGGGUGGCGUGUUGCCUGGAACUGCUGCAGGUGGUGGUGUAGGCAUGAAAUCACAACAAUCAUCUUCUAUGCAACAGCACCACCCAGUCACACAUGAGGAUGAUUUCCACCGUGCGCUCCUUUCUAUGGAUGUGGACGCUUCUCAAAAUUCUAUCUUUGAUGUUAACCUGACUGGUGAUGGACUAGACACGCCCCACAGCAUCACCCCGGCACCAAGCCAAUGUGGAACGCCACCCCCUGGCCCUGGCAUGCCUUAUUCACAAUCUCAUGUUCAGUCUCAGCAACAGCAACCGCCUGGUACCGUACCACCUCGAAUGGUCCGCCUCUCUAGCUCUGAUAGCAUCGGACCUGAUAUCACAGAAAUCUUGUCAGACUUGCCUGAGCAGACUGGCAAAAGCAGUGGGGGCAGUCAUGGGCAGCACCUCAUGGGCAGUGGUGGGGAGGAUGGAGGCCCCUUGGGUACUCCCAUUCGUGACUCCUCCAGUUCGGGGCAGGGCAGCGCAGUGUUUGACUCGGCAGACAUUUUCAAUACCAACAGCAAUGAGAAUCCUUUCACAGAUGCUGCUGAUCUGAUCGCUGAGGCAGCUGCAACUGCUGCCACUCCCACCAGCGAUUCCUCUUCCACCAACUUUUUCCCCGAUGCUGCUGACUUCAACCCGGACCUCCUGACCCCAGGUCAUGGGUUCUCCCAGAAUUACUUUGACGACAGCUCUCCAAGUGCCGAUGGAGACAUGGACCUUGUCAAAGGUUUUGGCGGCAGCAGUCAGCAAAAUACCCCAGCAGGAACACCCCAGAAUCCCACUCCACAUGGGCAGAGCACCCCAGAGCCCUCAAUGAAGGACCCUUUCGACAUGGGAAUAGUUUUUGGAGGCAACAGUGGUGGUGGUAAACCGCUUCUGGGGCAAGCUCCCGAUUUGGGAGACACUCAUGGCACAGGGUCCCAAAGCCCCCUUAUGAUUGGCCUCGCAGCAGCUUGUGGUGAGUUUAAAAGUGCAGAACCCAAAAUUAAACAGCAACAGGGACUCAUGCGGCCGAAGGAUGAGAAUGGGGGUAGCGGAGGGAGCAGUUCUGGGAUGGGAAUGGGGAGCAGUUCAACUGAGGGCAAACAGGUUAAACGUAGCAGGACCCCAUCCAGUGAGGGAAAGUCUAAAGAGAAGCCUCCAAAACGCAAAAAGCUGGACCCUGAUGGAAAGUCUCCUUCUCACAGCUCAGGUGGACGACCAUACACACCUCCUAGUGGUGGCUCAGGCUCUGGGGGAAGCAUAAGUGGGGGAGGCUCCAAGUCCCCUGGUAGUUCAGGAAGGUCGCAGACUCCUCCUGGUGGUGCUACACCUCUCAAAAUCACAAUUCAGAUCCCAAAAGGGACCAUAACUGGGGGAAAGACUUCCUCCCAUAGUGGAUACACCUCCAGCAGCUCAGGCACAAGCAGCACAGGAGGAACAGGGGCAACUGGCAUCAGCAAAAGCCAUCAUUCUCACUCAUCAUCUUCAGGAAAAAUGAAGUCCAAGGAAGCUUCCAUGACACAAGGCAACAGCUCAAAGCCAGGGAGUGCUGGGGUAGGAGGUGGAGGUGGGCCAACCCAGUCUAAAGGGUCCUCCCAAGGACUGGGUGUUGGCAAACCAGGAUCCUCCCCAAUCACUAAACAUGGGCUAUCUGGACCUGGAGGUAAUGCAGGUGGAAUUGGAAGUGCUAAUAAAGUAAAGCCCCCUGGGGGCAAGCCUUCUGGGUCUCUUAUGAAUCCCAACAUAAAGCCCAACAUCUCCCCUUCUCACUCCCGCUCCAGCAGCUCUGGUGACAAAUUGUCCUCUCCUAUGAAAAUGCAACAGUCCCAGGUUCCAGGAACACCUCCCUCUUCCAAGGCUAAAUCACCAAUGGGCUCAGGAGGUGGCAGCUCUGGUGGGUCCAAGUCUUCUGGUGGAGGCAUGAGCUCCCAGAAGCCCAUGGGUGGGAGCUCCUCCUCUGGUUCCGCAUCGUCCUCAUCAUCCUCCGGCUCCUCUUCAUCUGGCUCCAUGACCUUCUCAGGAGGCUCCCAGUCUCAGUAUGCGAGUGGUGGAGGUGGAAGUGGAGGGGCAGGAGGAGGAAGUGGAGGCAGUGGUGGAGGGGGAGGAAGUGGGAGUGGAGGUGGAGGUGGAAGCAGCGGAGGGGCUGGUCAGAACAAUGCAAAUAACCCCAACGCCAAAGGAAAGUCUCCCAGCAGAAACAAGAAGCCCUCUCUUACGGCAGUCAUAGACAAACUGAAAAGUGUAGGCGGGGGAGGAGUGGGGGAGGAUGGAUGUGAAGUUGGGCCACCAGCAGGGGGAACUGGUUCAGGAUCUGCCCCUGGUGGUGGUCCUGGAAAUGUCCCCAGCAGUGGACCGUCAAGCAUGGGUCCUUCCAAGCAUGCUUCAUCCUCCCAAAGUGGGGAGUAUAAGCGUGAAAAGUCUGAUAAAGAGGCAAAAGUUAAAGUGUCUGUUUCCGGGGGGAAUAGUGGGGAUAAAAAGCAGAUGGACCCCAAAUCAGGAGGGGCGGGCACGACUGGUCUGGCCAAAAUUAUCAUCAGCAAACCUGAUGGAGGCUCACCUAGCAUCAAGGCCAAAGGGAACCUUCAGAAAGCAGGGGAGGGAUCUGGUGACUCAAUGCGCCCGCAAAUCUCUAGCCUCAAGGCAUCACCCCUCUUCAGUGGCUCUACCCCCAAGCACGACCGCUCCUCCCCGAGCCACAGCCGCUCGCCAGGAUACACCCCGCUCAACCACGACAGCGAGAGCGAGUCGGGCAGCAGCUCGGUUGCCGAGAAGUCCCACCAGAACAGCCCCAGCUCAGACGACGACCAGACUAUGCGCCCACAUCCACCCCAGGACUACAUGAGCUCCAUCCCCCUCAGCUCCGGGGAGAAGCACAAGAAACACAAGAAGGAGAAGAAGAAGCAGAAAGAGAGAGAGCGAGAGAGAGACCGAGACCGGGAACGGGACAGGGACAAAGAGAAAAAGAAAUCCUCGAUGUCCAUGGGGCCGUCCUCGCAUCCGAUAAAGGCGGACAGUUGGUCUCGGUCACCCAUCUCGGCUUCAGAUUCAUCUUUGUCUAUGCUGGGUUCAGAGCGUCCGUCCCGACCCAGUCCGAUGUAUAUGCGAAAUGAAGAUGACGACCUCAUGGACUCAGCCCUCACUGGCAACCUUUAAUUUUUGUUAGAAAUUCUCUUCAUUUUACUCUUUUGUUCUCACUUUUUAACACCCAACCUUUUACAUACAAAUGAAACUGCUAUUUAUUUAACUCAAGCCACACAUUGGAAAUGGCUCCAAGAAUAUUGUGGCUUUCUGGUUUUGUCAUUGAUGUGUUAAACCUCUAUUUCAAUGUCCUAUUUUAGAGUUGGAGCAUCAGUGUAUAAUGCUGCCAUCCAAAUCCACCUCAGAAUACCAACUCCCUAAACUUAAAUCAAGAAAAUGGCUUGAAAAAGUAGAUUUUUGGAGGAAUUGACAUCAUCGUUUUUCUGCAAUGUCAGAAUAGAUUAUUAGUAAAAAUCAUGUUCUUUUCACAUUUAAUACAUCUUUCACUGUUCAUACGUCAUUGUCAGUCAUACCAGAAUGCCAAUCUACUGUAUGUUGUAAGUAUGAUGUAUAUUGGAAAAAAAGAAACAACAACAAAGAUUGUAACACCAGAAAGGUGCGGUGUUCAGUUGCCUUGAUUUUUUUUUUUUUUUCAGAUAAAACUGGGGAUUUUUUUAGAUUUUUAUACAUUUUAAAUUGUUGAUGUGUAAAUUAGCGUAGGUAAACAAGAUUGCUUAAGAUGGCGAUGAUAGCAGUGAAAAGAAAGACGUUUUGGAAGCUUGAAAUAAACAUUUCACUUCUGGA